AUGGAUAUCAAUUGGCUAGUUCGCCUGCUCGAUCAGGCCAUGAUAAUGCUGUUGGAUAUCUGUGUGCCAUGUGAGAACCCUAAACUGAGGCAAACUAUCGGCUACAGUGAGGACAUGUACCUCGAGGCACUUGAAUACACGACCAGUGGGGCAAACGCCUGGUAUACCGACCCGGCCAGUUCCCAGGGAAAUCCAUUAUACAAUUGCUCGGCUUGUUAUUGGUAUCGACCCCGGAAUAGUUUUGAGCGCCCGAGCACUUUGUUCAGCAGUUUUCAUGCGCCAAGCACCCAUUGGAGCAGCCAUACCCUUGGUAUUCGUAUUGUUGGCCCCGGAGCAGGAAACUCAAUGUCCGAAGAACAGCUAGUCCUCGGAGACGAAACCGGCCUCCAAGCCCGUUUGAACGAACGGCUUGGACAGCCGGUGACCGCUUCCCUGCAAGCCCAGCAUCAUCGACUACGGGCGGCAGACUUCAAGGCCAGUGUGCUGCGGGGCCAUGCUCGAAUUGCCAAACGACUGAGUCCUCCCAAUGGAGUUGGCAUCGUCCGUAACGCCUACCUUUCCUCGCGGUCUUCUCGGACUAUUACGUGCUGGUAG